UUUUAAAGUUGAAAGGCGGCUGGUUGCUGGCAGUGUCUGAGAAUUGAGGUAGUUUUAGUAUAAGCUCCGUUUGUGUCUUCCACUCCCAGAUCUCACUCUCUCUCUCUCGCUUCUCCGUUUUACUACUUCUACUACUACUACUACUUCUACUUCUUAUUCAUAUUCAUAUUCAUAUGCCCAUUUCAAUUUUCUUCUUCUUCUUCUGCUUGUUUUGGCGGUUCUCUUUCUCAUCAAUUAAUCAAACAUGUGGAGGAAUUUCGCCAAACAAGCUUCUUCCAAAAACGUUAUCAAGUUUUCUUCCUCCGACUCUCCACUUUCGAUGAAAUUUUCUCAUGACUUCAUUUCUGCCCAGAAGAUUAUUCCAACACGCUCAAAUUCUUCUCUGGGUUUUUCUCCAAUACCCAUUCCCUUAUUAUUAUUGUCUACCCAAAACAAUGGAUUCGGAUUAGGAAGACCCAGCUUCCCAAAUUCCCCAAACCCUUUUGCCGCUUCUUCUUCUUCUUCUUCUUCUUCUUCUGGGAACUGUAAUUGUUAUGCCACUGCUGCUGAGGCUGUUGCUAUUACCUCCGAGGAGGAAUUGUCUGGUUCUGGCUCCGAUGAAGUCCAAGACUUGAUGAUCAGACAUAGACAUAGACAAGAUCAACUGGUUGUGGACUCUCAGUGGCAGCAGCCCAAUCCCAAGCCCAAGAAAAUGGUGGCUGGUAUGGGGAUAGCCAAGUAUAAUGUGCUUCGAAAUCGGCAAAUCAAGUUAGAGACCAAGGCCUGGGAAGAUGCUGCCAAGGAGUACCAGGAGCUUCUUACUGAUAUGUGUGAGCAGAAGCUUGCUCCCAAUUUGCCUUACAUUAAGUCCUUAUUUCUUGGUUGGUUUGAACCCUUAAGGGAUGCUAUUGCUGCUGAUCAAGAGUCUAGAAAGGAAAAGAAGACUAAGCCCUCUCAUUAUCCCUUUUUCGAUCAAUUACCACCCGAUAUGAUGGCUGUUAUCACAAUGCAUAAGUUGAUGGGAUUGUUGAUGACUAAUACUGGUGGUGUUGGCAGUAGCAGGGUGGUGCAAGCUGCCCUUCAGAUAGGUGAAGCAAUCGAAAAUGAGGCUAGGAUACACAGAUUUUUUGAGAAGUCAAAGAAGAAGAGGGCAACGGAUAAGAAAGUGGAAGGUGAAUCUGAUAAGAACACAACAGAUAAGAAAUCUGAAGGUGAAUGUGAUCCCAUGACUAAUGAACAGGAAAAAUUGACGAAUGAAAAAGAGAAACUACAGAAAAAAGUUCGUAACCUGUUGAAAAAGAAAAAGGUGGUUCAAGUAAGGGAAAUAGUGAAGGAACAGGAUGAUUCAAAACCUUGGGGUCAGGAGGCUCAAGUUAAGGUUGGCUGCCGCUUGAUUCAAUUGUUGAUGGAAACGGCUUAUAUACAACCUCCAAUCGAUCAAUUUGGAGAUGGUCCACCAGAUAUUCGGCCUGCAUUUGUACACACCUUGAAAACUGUGACAAAAGAAGCACAGUCACAGAAAUGCAGCAGGAGAUAUGGUGUUAUCGAAUGUGACCCACUAGUUCGCAAAGGGCUGGAGAGAACUGCUAGGCACAUGGUCAUUCCUUAUAUGCCUAUGUUAGUGCCUCCUAUAAAUUGGACAGGGUAUGAUAGAGGGGCAUACUUGUUUUUACCAUCGUAUGUCAUGCGAAUUCAUGGAGCGAGACAACAACGUGAAGCAGUUAAGAGGACUCCAAGAAAGCAACUAGAACCUGUUUUUGAGGCUCUAGAUACACUUGGAAAUACCAAAUGGAGGGUAAACAAAAGGGUACUUAGUGUGAUAGACAGAAUAUGGUCUAGUGGAGGUGGUCUUGCUGACUUGAUUGACCGUGAAGAUGUCCCUCUGCCGGAGGAACCAGACACAGAAGAUGAAACAGAAAUUCGGAAAUGGAAGUGGAAAGUUAAAGCUGCAAAAAAGGAGAAUAGUGAGAGGCAUUCACAGCGAUGCGAUAUAGAACUUAAACUUGCCGUUGCUCGGAAGAUGAAGGAUGAGGAAGGCUUCUACUACCCUCACAACCUUGAUUUCCGAGGUCGUGCAUACCCCAUGCACCCAUAUUUAAAUCAUCUUGGAUCUGAUCUGUGCCGAGGCAUCCUAGAGUUUGCGGAGGGGCGUCCUCUUGGAAAGGCAGGAUUAAGGUGGCUGAAGAUACAUUUGGCAAAUUUGUAUGCUGGUGGUGUGGAUAAGUUAUCUUAUGAGGGCCGAAUGGCAUUUGCUGAAAACCAUUUGGAUGAUAUCUUCGAUUCUGCAGACAGGCCCCUUGAAGGUAAGCGGUGGUGGUUGGGUGCGGAGGAUCCAUUUCAAUGCUUGGCAGCUUGUAUUAAUCUCUCGGAAGCAUUGAGAAACCCCUCCCCAGAAACUACUAUUUCUCACAUGCCUGUCCACCAGGAUGGUUCGUGUAAUGGCUUACAACAUUAUGCUGCCCUUGGAAGGGACAAGUUGGGAGCGGCUGCAGUAAAUCUUGUUGCGGGAGAUAAACCUGCAGAUGUUUACUCAGGAAUUGCUGCCAGAGUACUUGAUAUCAUGAGGAGAGAUGCAGAGAAAGAUCCUGCAAGUAAUCCAAAUGCAUUGCAUGCGAGGCUUUUAAUCAAUCAGGUGGACCGAAAAUUGGUGAAGCAAACAGUAAUGACAUCAGUAUAUGGUGUCACUUAUAUCGGUGCCCGUGAUCAGAUCAAGAAGAGAUUAAAGGAACGUUGUGCCAUUGCAGAUGAUUCAGAGCUGUUUGCUGCAUCUUGCUAUGCUGCGAAGACCACCUUGACUGCCUUAGGAGAGAUGUUUGAAGCUGCAAGAAGCAUCAUGAGCUGGCUUGGCGAUUGUGCAAAGGUGAUAGCUUCGGAGAAUCAACCCGUACGAUGGACCACCCCUCUUGGACUUCCUGUGGUACAACCUUACCGGCAAUUGGGAAGGCACCUUAUUAAGACCUCUCUUCAGGUGUUGACACUACGACGAGAAACUGACAAGGUCAUGGUUAAGCGGCAGAGGACAGCUUUUCCCCCAAAUUUUGUGCACUCCCUUGACGGUUCGCACAUGAUGAUGACUGCUGUUGCCUGCAAAAAGGCAGGCCUGAACUUUGCAGGAGUCCACGAUUCAUAUUGGACCCAUGCAUCUGAUGUUGAUGAAAUGAACAAAAUACUCAGAGAAAAUUUUGUUGAACUAUACGGGGCCCCAAUAUUAGAGAAUUUAUUGGAGAGCUUUCAGAAGUCUUUCCCUAAGUUGAACUUUCCUCCCUUACCGGAGCGGGGAGACUUUGAUCUUAGAGAUGUGCUAGAAUCUCCUUAUUUCUUCAACUAGUCUGAGCCAAAUGCUUACUUCAGUAGUGCCCCUUCUUAACUUGGACUCUGUAUCUCUGUCAUUCAAUGGAAGGUGAUUACAGCUUAGCUCUUCCAUUCAUCAGGCAUGAGAUUGUUGAGGCAAGAUCCUAUAGGCCAUUAUAGAAAUAAAGUUGAGAAGAAACUCACGGUUUGGCUACCCACAAUCAGUUUCCUGCAGGAAUUCUUGUACAUAUUGUCAAAACGGAAUGCAUUCAGCCAUUAGCAGGAAAUAUCCCAAACAAGGGAUUCGGUCCUAUCUUCUCCAUCUACUACUUUGAAAGGAACUGAGAAAAUGAGAUGGAUGUAACGUGCAGCAUUUUUGGAAAGAACAGGAACAGCUCCAACAUUUUUUUGAUGAGUAGGGUUAGGUAUAAAGCAGAGGAAGUUAGAGCUGCAACACUUUAGGAGAUUAAAACAAAUUAGCUAAGGAUGAUAGUCCUGGAUACCAUAUCGAGGUUCUAUAUCUUCAUAAACAAGUGCAACAAGUCUCAGUGGGCUUCUGAUAAUUUUGCUCAACUAGUCUAUUGGAUUGUUGGCAGUGUCUUUCUUUGUGAGUAAAGUUUACCAUUUCAUGUGUAGAAUCUAUUCUGAUACUAGUUAUUGUCCUCCCUUUUGAUUCUUUCUCUGAUUCAAAGCAACAUUUUCCAAUUGAUUCUAAAGAAAUAAAGAGAAAAUAAUACAUUUUGAGUUGUUUAA